AUGGGCCUCCGCGACCAAACGCCGUCCUUACGACUCCGUAGGAAGACAGACAAACGCAAACAAUGCGCCGCUGUGCGUUGAGAAGCGUCGAGCGACGCGUUGUACCAACCGCGCUUGGGACAAACCUAAGUAUUUGGCCGGAAACGGCAUAGUGCCUUUUCCCCGUUCCUUCCUUUUAAAAUUCCUCUGACGGUGCAACAUUUUUUUGAACGAUGAUCAGUUCUUUUUUAUCAUUCUCGUGAUCUUUUUUGCAUAACUUGCUGUGAUUUCCAACCUUCAUUGCUUUUUUUUUCCAUUUUUAUAUCCAAUAUUUUUCGAAGUUUGUUGGGGUUCUUGAAAAAAGUAAUGAUCGAAAAGCCUUUUUUUUAAUAACAGCGAAAAUUUUGAAACUUUGCAGAUGUAAACUUUUUUUCUGAAUUUUUUUUCGGAAAUUUUUUUCAAAGUUCAAGGUUGUUAUGUUUCAAUCGUUCAAGUGUCCCAAAUAUAACCUUUUUCUGUUUUAUUAUCUGAGAAAAUGUGGGCGACUCUUUCAGCGUGCGAUUUCUUUUCAACAGAAUCUAUUUCAAAAACGAUUUCAACAGAGGUGAAACCUUAUACGGCUCAUGAAGUGUUGAAAGAAGAAUUAAGAAGCUUUUUCUGAAAAACUAUAAGAAUUUUUUUGAAAUUUUGAAGUUUCGCUCCCAAUCACAGCCAGUUAAAAAAAUUGAAAUCGAGGUCAUGUCGUUUUAAUUCUAAAUUGUCUCAUCAACAAUUCAAGUGUCAUUUGAAAAACUAGAACAGAGAAAAAUUCGUUUGAAUAAAGCUAUUGUUUUUGAAACAUCUGGAAAAAAAUUUAUCAAAAGAUCAAUUUUAAAAAAAAGUUUGAAAAAAUGCGUCCUCCAGGGCUCUUCGCCUAAUGACCUCAAAAAAAAGCUUUCAACUCGCUUUCAUAAAACACUUUAGAUUUUGAAACGUCGUAUACUUUAAUGGUUUCGCAAGAAGGAAAAAAAGAUAGCAAAGCGUUAUUCAUCAAUAAAGAAACGGCGCAACGAAACACGAGAGAAGACGCCAACAUGCAAACAGCUGGUCUGAGGAGCGAAAAACGCGAGCCACGGAAAAAAAGACCAUGUACACAAUGAUCAAAAUACAUGAUAUAAAAGACGCUAUUUCUACCUCAGACGCUGUUUUUCAGUCGUUUUGUAGCUUACAAAGGCAUUCUCGUGAAAGACGUAUUUUAGGAUGUUAUGUGGAAUUGUACCAAAAGUUAUGGAAAACCAAAAAAAGCGGAUUCACCAGAAAUUUAUUAGUUCUGGGAAGCAAGACUGUUUUUGAAAGCUUAUCAUUUUUUUCCCAGGUAGAAAUCAAACAAACUUCAAUAAUUAAUAAGUUUGAUUACGGAUCACAAAACAAAGAAUUGCUGUAAAAAUAUAUUUCCUUUUGAACAUUUUCAGAAAUGCUUCCAACGAUCUGCAAUAUGAAUUUCCUUUAUAAGCGCUUUAAACUCAAACCAAACGUCCCAACGAACUAUAGUUUGAUGAUUGCUAAUCUCAUCAUUUGAAUGGGAAACCCUCGCAGCAUAUUUUCUGGAAAAACGCAACAGAAAACUUUGCACGGAAAUGCACUUGAUUGCGUUUGGAGGAGAAAGGUUCAACAAAGCGAAUGGAACCGAAAACCACUGAAAAAUUUAGAGGAAGGGUUAAACACGUGACGCCGGGCGUAUUGCCAAGCGUCGCGUGUGGGAGCACAAAAAUUGCCAAAGCGGAGAUCAGGACUCGAUAAACAGAGAGCAGGCGUGUGCCUCGGGCUUGGUUCGUGCUAUACAAAGAAGGUGUUACGACUACAUGAUAAGGUGCGUAAAUAGUAUCUCCUUGUGAUAGUUAAUCUGCAAAAACAUUUUUAUGAGCAUCAACUGGUUCGAAUUGAGGUGACAUUUUUUAAAAACCUUUUUGUGAUUCUGAAAGCUCAAGACAUCGAUUUAGUAACAUUUCAUCUAGAAACGCUCAAGUUUUGAUCUUUCCAAACGAAAAUAACGCGUUGAAAUCUUUUUUAGCUAUCGAGUAAUCGACUUCGAAGCUCAGAGGUUCUCUUGAGAACUUUUUGAAACAGUCCAGACCAUUUGAAACAAAAAAAUGAUGAAGAUACCAAAAUUGUGUGUGGAGGCUGAGUUCACAGAGCCGAAAAAAAUCCUCGCGCUAUUUUUUUUCCAGUGCUAAAGAGUCUAACUAAGUUACUCCAAAGCGAUGCUGUUCGAGAGGUUUUCUACAUUUCGAACCCGAGACUACAAUGCAGAGCCGUUUGAAGAUCUCAAAACUCAAAAAGUAAAUUAGAAACUUUUGCCUCAAGUCAAAAGUAAUUGACAAACUGACAAACCUCUUCUGAGCCUGAUUCUUGGUUAGUUCUCUACAGCAAAGAUUUUACGACUACACGAUAAGAUGCAUGAACCAGCCCUUACUAUGAUAAUAGUUCUGCAGCUAUUUCUUCUGUGCGAUCACUGAUAUAAAUACUUUUUAUCACUCAUAUGAACGCAGUGUCAUUUUUCUAGAUUUUUGCAUCAAAGUUCAGUGGAAAAACAAUUGAUUAAUUCAAAAUUUUAAAUUUAUUCAUCAUUAACUUGAAUUGUCACGACAGCCGUCAUGUAAAAAAAAUUACAACACUGAGAUUUUAUCGCUUCUUUUCAUUCAUAGUUUACAACUAAAAAAGCGAGCUAAUUCAUUAGACAUGGUUCAAUUGUGGCCUUUCCUCUAUUCAUUUCAAAGUAACCUUUUCAUCAUUUCGUCUUCUAUUUUGACAUUUCUUCUGCAAAAACGACAUUUCAUUGCAAGGGCGCAUAAAUAAUCCUCAAUACAUUGAGAAAUUUUCCAAAUCAACGGAUUUGCCUUUCGUGGGUGUUUUUUAUCUCCACCUACUCUCAAAUCGAAAACAGAAGCUCAAAAACUUUUUUGACGUUCUUUGAUCGAGGGAAGACUUACAAAUCUGGCUGAAUCCCAAAACUUCAGCUUUGCGAAUUUGCGAAAAACGACUAUCUAUUUUGAAAAUUUACAGGAAAAACUCCGAAAAUGUUUCAGCUACAGUUAUGAAACUUUGAUCGAUAACAUCAUAUCCAAAGAAACUCAUUUUUUCAAAAAGUCGUUCAAAUGAUCGAAGAAUUCUAGACUUUCAAAUGAACGAAAAUCAUGAGAAGGUUACAGAUUCAGACGGCCUUAUCAAUGUCAUCUCGACUCCAAGGAAUCAGAAAAUCAAAGACCAGGAAACAUUGUUCAGCAGCACUAUUUUAAGAAUUGUCAAUUUGAAAAAAAGUAG